CGUGUCAUACGCUCAUUUCUUAGUCUUAUUUUUAUAUAAAUAGAUAUCUCCAACUUCAAAAUUAACUACACACACCUCAUCCUCAUCACCACUAUCAUCUCCUACAUUCAGAAAUGGAGGGAACAGUCACCACUGCACCACCAAAAAGGAUUGCAGUAGUAACAGGGGGCAACAAAGGAAUUGGAUUAGAGAUAUGUAGACAGUUAGCUUCCAAUGAAGUCAUGGUGAUCUUAACAGCUAGAGAUAAGAAGAGGGGUACUGAAGCUGUUGAAAAUCUCAAAGCUUGUGGGCUAUCUGAUAUUUUUUUUCAUCAACUUGAUGUUACAGACUCUGCUAGUAUUGCUUCUUUAGCAGAUUACAUCAAAAAUAAAUUCAGAAAGCUCGACAUAUUGGUGAACAAUGCAGGGGUCACCGGAGUCAUAAUGGAUGCGGAGUCAUUUACUAGUUUAAAGCUUAAGUCUGGAGAGAUUGUAGGUGAGAAGGCUGAAAUGGCAAAAAAGGUUAUAAAACAAACCUAUGAAACAGCAGAAGGGUGUCUACGAACAAAUUACUAUGGACCUAAACAGCUGUCUCAAGCUCUCAUUCCACUUCUUCAGCUCUCUGGUUCUGCAAGAAUUGUUAAUGUCUCAUCCGGUUUGGGGCAGCUAAAGAAUGUUACAAAUGAAUGGGCAAGAGAGGUACUAAGUGAUGUUGAUGGACUCACAGAAGAGAAAGUAGAUGAGGUAGUGAGUCGUUAUUUACAGGAUGCUAAACAGGAUUUGUUGGAGUCCAAAGGCUGGUCUGUUCUCUCUGCUUAUGUUGUCUCGAAAGCAGCUCUUAAUGCCUACACGAGGGUUUUAGCUAAAAAAUUCCCAAAUUUUGGCAUAAAUUCAGUUACUCCUGGCUUUUGUAAAACAGAGAUGAGCUUUAAUAAUGGACACUACACGGCUGAACAAGGUGCAAAAGGUCCUGUAAAGCUGUCUUUGACGGUUGGUGAUGGGCCUUCUGGCCUGUUCUUCUUUCAGACGGAAGAAAUGACCUUUUAGUAUCCGUUAAGUGUUGAAAUUGCCUAUGAACCCAACGGGAAUUAGCUCUUCUUUGAUGAGAUGCAUGUAUCAUCAACCUUCUAAGAAUAAACAGUCCCCAAAUUUCUGAUUUUUGCAACGAACUUGAAUUACAAGCAUGUGUUAUAUUUUGAAGAGAAAAAAAAAAAAUGCACCAUUUUGAGGUAUUGAAAUAAUAAUAACUCCCUUUGAAGCA